UAGAAUCGUCCUCGGCGUCCCCAACCUUUAUUGUUCUGGGGGUGAAUAAAUAGCCGGGACUCGGGUGUAGCUGGGGAGAGGGGGUGGGUGUCCGUGGUCAGGGCGCUCUUUGCUCUGUAGGUGUAGCGGGGUAGAGUCUCUGUUUGCACGGGGGCUUUGAGGGGGCGAGAGCUCACCCAAAGGUUUUGGGGGGCUCCGGUGGGUGCCACUAUGUCCUUUGGCCAGCUGAAGUUCAAGGAGCUGGGUGAGGAGGAGCCCACCUGGGAAGAGGAGAGCCUGGACAGCGUAAAGGCGCUGACGGCCAAGCUGAAGCUGCAGACACGGCGACCUUCCUACCUGGAGUGGGAAGCCCGGGUACGGGGCCAGCCCUGGCACAGCCGGACCCCUGGGGGGGCACGGGGGGUAGAGCUGGGCCCUGGGCACCCCGAGGACAAGUGGGAUGGUGGCAUCUGUGGCUUUGCCACCAUGGAGGCAGCUCUGGAGUGGCUCAGGACGGAGCUGCGGGAGAUGCAGGCUGCAGACCAGCGCCUGGCGCAGCAGCUGAUGCGCCUGCGGGCGCAGCUGCACCGGCUGAAGGUGGAGCAGGCCUGCCACCAGCACAAGGAGAUGCUGGACGACGCUACCUUCGGCCUUGAGGGCUGCGAGGAAGACUCGGACCUGCUCUGCAACAUCCCGCCUAAGGCCGCCUUCCUCCUCUCCAUGCCGCUCAAGCACAUCGGAGUCACCCGCAUGAACAUCAACUCUCGACGGUUCUCCCUCUGCUAAGCACGGCGGGACCCCGCGGAACGCUCUGCACCAAGCCCAGAUGGGAGCCUUGCAGGCACCCAUGGGUGCACCCAGACCUGGUAGGGCUCGAGGAUCCCUUCCAAAAUGCCUCAGGGACUGCGGAGCUGCUGCUGGGGCUGAGCUCCCUCGGGGCAGGCAGUACUGGGCCAGUGGUGCUGCCAGCCCUGCCCUGAGGGCGAUGCCAUGCCAUGCCACGGUGGCAUGGGAAAUGCCACCAUCCCCACUGGGCACAGGGUGUUUUGGGGCACCCCGUGCCCUGUCCCUAAAGAUGAUGGGAUCGACCACCAUGGAAAAUGUGGGUAGCAGCCCUUUGAGGAGAAAUAAAAGGAGGUGAAGGUGA